AGGCGGUUGCAGCAGCACCUCUGAAUUCCCUAAAAUUCCAUAUGAUCGUUUAUGCACCGUACUGUUAAAAACAUCAAAAUUCAAACUCUUGUCUUCUUCCAGGUAGCUUUGAAACUGGCCCAGAUGGCCAGGCUUUUUCGGAGGGAAAGGAGCAGUUCCCCGGUGAAAGUGGUGGAGACUCUCGGGACACCUGCACAGCUCUGGAGCAAGAGAUGAGGAAGUUUUGCUGUUAAACCAGUUUGGUCACAGGGGGCUCCAACAGAAAACUGCACCAGGACAACAUCACAGCCCACAGGCUCGAGUUCUGCUUGACAUGGCCAUGUUCUACUAGCCCUGCCAUGACGGCAUUUUUCCCCAGUGUUCCCAACUGGAUUCAAGAUGCAAAGCAGGAGGAGGAAGAGACAGGCUGGAAAUUAGUCCCCAGACCAAGAGGUGAAGAAACCGACAGUCAGGGAAAAUGCCAGUGUGAACUAUCAGAGCCCUCCUUCCCCCACGUGGACAAGCUGAGAACUCACACGCUUUCCCACUCGGAGCAGAGGCCCUACAACUGCCCCCAGCUGCACUGUGGCAAGGCCUUUGCCUCCAAGUACAAGCUCUACAGGCAUAUGGCCACGCACUCUGCUCAGAAGCCCCACCAGUGCAUGUACUGCGAGAAGAUGUUCCACAGGAAGGAUCACCUCCGGAACCACCUGCAGACCCACGACCCCAACAAGGAGGCCCUGCACUGUCCCGAGUGCGGCAAGAACUACAACACCAAACUGGGCUUCAGGCGACACCUGGCCAUGCACGCGGCUGCCAGCGGCGACCUCAGCUGCAAGGUGUGCCUGCAGACCUUCGAGAGCACGCAGGUCCUGCUGGAGCACCUCAAAGCCCAUUCCAGGCGCGCGUCCGGCGGGGCCAAGGAGAAGAAGCACCCGUGUGACCACUGCGACCGGCGCUUCUACACCCGCAAGGACGUGCGCAGGCACCUGGUGGUGCACACGGGGCGCAAGGACUUCCUGUGCCAGUACUGUGCUCAGAGGUUUGGGAGGAAAGACCACCUGACCAGGCACAUGAAGAAAAGCCACUCCCAGGAACUGCUGAAGAUUAAGACGGAGCCGGUGGACAUGUUGGGUCUGCUCAGCUGCAGCUCCUCUGUGGCAGUGAAGGAAGAGCUGAGUCCUGUCCUGUGUAUGGCAUCCAGAGACAUGAUGGGUGGUAAGAGCUUCCCUGGCAUGCUGCCCGUGGGCAUGUACAGCACACAUCUCCAAACCAUGCCAAGCUCAGGGAUGCCCCAUUCUUUGGUUCCUAAUUCUCUUCCAAUGGGAAUGAGCUAUCCUCUGGAGUCUUCUUCUCCCAUCUCCUCCCCACCGCAACCUCCUCCAAAGUAUCAGCUUGGAUCUACCUCAUAUUUGCCUGAGAAACUACCCAAAGUAGAGGUGGACAGCUUUUUGUCAGACUUCCCUGGCAGCCUGUCUCUCUCAUCUGGUGAUCCUCAGUCCUCUUCGCCUCAGCCACCCGCCCUGGAUGAGGCUUUGCUUUCCAAGAGCCCUGCUAACCUCUCAGAGGCUCUCUGUGCUGCUAACAUGGACUUUUCUCAUCUUCUUGGCUUCCUUCCCCUAAACCUUCCUCCUUGCAAUCCACCUGUCUCGUCGGGGGGAUUGGUCAUGGGCUACUCGCAGGGGGAGGCGCAGCCACUGCUCACCACUUUGCAACAUCAACCUCAAGAGUCUCCCGGAGCCGGGGCCUCGCUGAACUUUGGGCCCCUUCACUCGUUGCCCCCCGUCUUCACCUCCAGCUUGAGCACAACCACGCUGCCACGGUUCCACCAGGCCUUCCAAUAAGCUGGAAAUAGCACUGGAGAACAGAUCUUUCAGCCACCCUUUUGUGGAGAGCCUUAAAAGCGCACAACUCUUCCUUCCUUGGGGGUGUGAAAGCUCUGGCAGAGCUGGGUCAGACAGGAGGUUUCUGAUCUCGGAGGGAGCACUUGUAGACUGGAACCCGUGCAAGUCCCAGUCCUGUACAGCAGAAAGAUUUCAGCUGAUAGACUGGAUAUAUUUUAUCUAAUUUUUAAUCUGUGAAUCAGGAGCCGCGCUUAGCACUGACCUUCCCUGAGAAUGCUGGAGCUGUAUUCCUCUCUGGGAAGGGACUGUCCCUCAGAAGGAGCUGAGACUUUUUCAUCCUGGGCUAAACUUUUGAAGAGUCCAGCUUCCAUUUCAUGUUACCACACUGCAAUUCUGGCAAAUCAGCCAACACCUCCACAUGGAGAAGAAGUCAUGAUACCACUCUGUAUGAAGCCAAUGGGGAAGAGCUGUCCUUCCCUGCUACCUCUCAUCCCAUCACCCAACACAGCUUACUCCACAUCAGUGUUAAGCAACAAGCCCGUUUACAUAGUGAAUUCAACGCCGCCUCUUUGGAGCUGUUAGGAUAAACUCGUUAUGGUGAACAUUGUUUACACAACACAAAUCUGUUUCUGCCAUUGCAAAAAAUAGGAGGCACCAGAAUACACUGGGUUCAUCUCUGGUGUAGCUAGAACACUGUUUACACAACGAAGUCAGGUUGCACUGAUUUCUCUUCACUUAUCAUGUUCUUCCCCCAUGGGGAAAUCCACUGCUUUUGGACCACUUCAGCCUCUGCCCCUGUAGGCAGCAGCUUCCUGCCUUUUCUGGCUGGCUGUCCCGAGUGAAGGGGAUGGAGCAGCUCCCACAGCUCAGCUUGGUGUGUGGUGUAUGGACAGAGCCCUUUGAAAUCUCUCCCCCAGGCAAACAGAUCUGGAAACCAAAGCACGUGAGAGGGCUGGGUGAGGAGCUCGGGCCAUCGAGCGCUGGCAGAGCAGGCGUGGGUGAGAACAGGCUGCAGGCCCUGCUCCACACCUUCCCUUGGGAUGAGGAACAGAGUAUGAGGUUCUGGGGUUUGGGGUUUUUUAACCACUCAUUGAAGUCAGCACCCUUUUUGGCUUGUCCAGGAAGGAAUCUCAAAGGUGUAUUUUAACCUCAAUGGUGAUAACAUGCAAGAAUCAGGGAAAAAUUGGUCCCAGCUUCAUGUACACACUGUCAGUGUAUUUGAAGCAUUUCUCCCAACACCAGUAGUUCUAACAAAUGCUGAGGUUUGGGGCCUGCAGUCAAGUUUUCACUUAGGAUUUGGUUCCACUGGCCUUUUUUGUUGUCUCCUGCUCAAGCCUUGCCUCCUGAAGUUAAAGUCCUGCUUCCCUUGCUCCCUGCCCUACCUCUUCAACUCUUCCAUGGGCUGUCUACCUACCAGGGCAGGAGGGUUGUACUGGGAAGAGGCAGCCAGCUGCUGGUGUCACUUAGCACCUGUAUUGUCUCCUGCUCCUGAUUUCCUGGGCACUUCUGCUGCAGAUGGGGACAUAUGGAGGUCACUCUGCACUGGUGCAUGUUUGUGACCAUGGAUGGGCAGAUCUUCAUACCUCAGCAUGGAGGAACCAUUGUAGGCCAAUAUAUAAACCAGGAAAUCUGUCAAUAUUGUUCUCCAUAAAUCUAGGAAAUGCAAAAUCUACCUCUACUCUGUUAUCUCAGCUCCUUGGGUGAAGCCAGAUGCUGUCCUCCCCGUGUCCCCAGAGCACAUCCACCUCAGUUGAUGCAGAUUCCUUCCUGCUGAGCCAUGAUCCCACUGUGUGACAUCAGCUGUGCCUCUUUUGGUCACAGGCUUGUCCCCCUUCCAUUUUACUCCAGAAUUUUCUUUUUAAUUUAGCUUAGUAAUUCUUCCCAGAAUGACUCUUUAGCAAUCCAUUGAUUCUCCAGAACAUAGAUCGGUUGUUUUAGGUUAGCCAGCAAUGCUGCAAAUGAGACUUUUGUAUCAAAAUGUAAUAUAAGAUUUAUUUACCUCAGCAAUAUCCUGUGGCAAUGAUCUCCCCGAGUUGAAUGCAGUACUUUUUCCUUUUCUCCACUGGAAAAUGUUGCCUUUCCAAGUCCAACGAGUGCCUUCUUGUUCUCUAAUCUAGCAAAGGUAAACAGGGCAUUGCAGCCAGUCUGUUUACCAGCAUUGAAUACCUCAGGCCUGUCUUCUAUUGCUUUGCUCUUUGCAAAUUAAAGAGUUUCACACUGUUAUCAAUUAUAUGCAAGCCUUAUCCCUGUCUUCAGUUGAGAGGAUUAUUAUAUUUUGAGUAAUAAAUGGUCAGAACUGAUCACUCACUGGCAGUGAGGAUUAUCAGAUUUAUGCAAUGCCAUCACACACCUUCUCCCACUGCAGAACAUUCAGCUUUUUUGCUUCCUGCCUGCAUUGUACUCUGAACAGAUGUCAUCACUGGAAUUCCUUUAGCAGUGGUAGCUAAACUUAGAGCCAGGCAUCUUUUUCCUACCAGUAGUCUGUCAAAGAAUAAAUGGAAUUCAUUUUGCUAUGAUUUGCACGUGUGAUUUGCUUUCCACAGCUACUGUAACAAGCACAACUGCAGUAACUUUUGUCAAUGCAAGGAAAAUCAACCCCAGCAAGGGCAGCGUGGUCAGAGACAGCAUUGGAGCUGAUUCCAGGUGUUUGCACAGGAAAAUGGAUUCCAAGUUCCUCUACCACAGCAGCUUGUAAUCUGUAUUUUACCAGUCAGUCUAAAACUAAUGAGAAUAAUUCCAUUUGAAACAGCAAGUAUGCAAUUCACAGAACAAAUUACAGUGAACAACUUUGACCUGUUUAUAAGAAAAUACUUGGAGCAUCCAAGCUUACAGCACUUGGGAAUCCCAGUCCACGAGGACAUGUGUACCAAGCUCUUAGGCAAGGCAGUGGAACUCAUCUUGGCCAAGCUGCUGCUGCUGCAGCUGGAGGUGAGGGACAGGGGUAACUCUGGCUUGCUGUGAGGGGAUUGCUGCAGCACAGCCUGCAGUCUGUUCUGUGGUGUGUGUGCAGGGCUUUGUGGCAGCACUAUGCUGGUUAUGUGAUAUAAAAAAUCAUCCCAGAAAGAGUUUGGGUUUGGUUUUUGUUUUAGACCACAAGUUUGGGGCUGCAGGUCUAGGACAUGGCUGUGAGUCAGGCAGGCAAAGCACAGGAAACCUUUCCACUGUGAUCCCUCUGUUCCUGGCACACCUGUACCACAAAGAAUGCACCAGAGCCCAGGGACAGCAAGUACAGCAUGUAAUUGUUCAGGAGGGUUUAAUUAAAUAAAGGAAUGUUUUCAACUGGCUGGCUUGGGGAGGGUCCAAAGCAGUGGGAACACAGCUAAGAUAUAAACCCAUAGACCUCCAGUUAGUGAAAGGACAGGACAUGAACUUGCCAGCCCUUAUAAAUCUGACUCUGGAUUCUCAGAAAGCCAAGGAACCCCUAGAAAUAAGAACUAACAAAGAGCCAAGCCACUCCCUGGCAGCAGAGGGUUAACUCUUGCCCAUCCUUCCAGGCUCAGAUCACCAGAACCCUGUGAAGGGCUGAAGAUCUUUUUUCCCCCUGGGAUUACACCUCACUCAAAAUCCAUUUGUAGGAAGGAACAACAUGUUAUCUUGCAUUUGCUUCCACUGAAUUUCACAUGAUGGAAUACUCACACACCAUGUUGUGACAGACCCCGUUCUCUGUCUCACAACAUUGCUGCUCUUUAGCCUCAGUGUUGAAAAAUGGUGUCACUUCAACUGGAAUCCUUUUUUCACCUCUGGUAGAUUGAUGAUUUCAGUACUUUUGUUGAGCUCAGCUCUUUGUUCUUUAAUUCCUUCCUUGCUGACAGGUGAACAGCAGCUGCUGGGAAGAUUUCCUGCAGUUCACUGAAAAAAUCCCUUUUCCUUUCUCUACCAUUGCACCACCUUUGCUCUCUGGACAGAACAACCCCACAGAGGCAUUUUCUGCUGCCUGCAAUUAAAAUUUCCACAAAUAAAUCUUCAAAGAUGUGCUUCCCAUCACCCUACCUUCUUUCUUAUCCUCUAAUCCCAGUUAGUCAGGCUGCCUGAAUUCUCCCUCAGGUGCCUAUUUUUAGUUAAUUGCCUGCCCAAGCCCUGGAGCUAUUCUGCCACUGAACAGUGAAGUGGAUGAAUAGCUCAAACAGAACCACUUCAGCUUUCCAUCCUCAUCCAAAAUUUGUGUCUUUUCCAUAACUUCUGGUAUUUUUCCCAGUUCCUAGAGAUGAGAGCUGCCACCUGAAGCUGUGAAUCCCCUCCUGGCUGACCCCUGUGCAGUAGGAGAAGGUGGUUUGGUUUAGCCUGGUCUGCUGAAGCCCAGAUUCUUUCACCCCAAUCCCCAGCUCUGGCACCUCUCACCCUUUCCAUGCCUGUUGACCAUAACAUGCCACAGCCAUGCUGAGCCUCUCCUAGAAAGCAGCUGGAAGCUGCCAGGGAGAUGCCAUCACCACUGAUCCAGAUUUGCAGGACCACAACAGACCUCUCAGCAUCUGUUGUCCCUGCUGCACAACCCAUGCACACUCAGACUCACCUCUGGCUAUUCCCAGUGAUGGACUUGCUUCCUUCUAGUGAAUAACUGGGAUCCCCCAGGAAUCCUUCACCUUUCAGCUGUUCUUGUGGCUGCAGGUAAGGAGUUUUCUCCUGGGGUACAGUCUGCAAUCUCUACCUGGAGCCAGCUCUACAUCUUCCCACAGGCCACACACCACUGAUCACACUGGCAUGCAAACAGGCUGAGCAAAACCAGAACAGGAGCUCAGAAAUGAGACCAGAGAACAGAUCACAUUCUGCUUCUCACACACCCACAGAGAUGAGCUUGGCUUUCCUGUUCAAGGUACAUUUAAUUUCCAUGUGCACAGGAGGAGCCUGAAGCACCUUCCUCACUCAGUGCUUGUGGUUGAAGCCAGGUCUGUGUGGUCCUUUCCACCAGUGCCUAAAUAGCAACAUGGAAAUGGAGCAUACAUGACACAGAGGGAGCUCCUCUGGAUCAGAUCCCACUGACAAAGGAAGUUAAAAGCAUUGCAAAAGAUAACCAGGGAAUUUGGAAUUAAUUUUUUUUAUUACUAUAAAUAGGUCAGCUCUUCAGCUGGGGGAAGAAUCCUCAACAUUGAAGUGUCUUGUUACAAACCAACCAUCCCUCACUUUUGUGUCUUUGUUUUGAACCACUGUGCAAGGGGAUAACCAACUCUAUAGCAUGGAAUGCACUGAGCUUUCCCACUUCAGUAAUUCCUGAUAUCUAGGAGCAAUUUUUUGAAAGACUGUUCUGUAACAUUUGAAUGUGUUUUCCUUGAAUGAGGGUAUUGCAGAACACAGAGCUGUCAGCUGAUGCACUCUUGAGACCUGGGGUGGCUACAAGAAGGACAAAGAAGAACCUGUGGAACCCCUGGGAGCAGCCAAGCUCCAAAACUGCUGCUGGAAGAAAAGCUACUGAGUGGCCUUUGCAGCCACAAGUCAUGCCAAGAACCCUCUCUCAGCGCUGCUGAGAUCUCUGCUGUGCCCCACAGGAGCCUAUACACAUCCCACUGAAAGGUGAAGGGUUUGGGAUCAGCCAUGGCAGGGGAAAGCCACAGUGUCCCUCCCUUCCCACUGUCCCUUCUUGUGCUGGUUCUGGACAGGCCCCGUGCCUGACCUCCCUCCCUGCAGCUACAGCUGCCAAAGCCAGAAACUUCCCAUUGUUACAGCUCCACUGGUUUUCUAAAAACAAACUUUCUAGCACUUUUACACAGAGUGAAUAACCUCUUCUAAAGGAGUGUUUUGGGGGCUGUAAACAAGGUUUUUAAAUUCUAAUUAAGUGCCAUUAGGAAAUGUAUGGUUCAUCACUAAAAUUAGCUUUUGCAAAAUGAAGUUCAAAUUGAAAGCAUCUUUUAUAAUGAAGUUGUUUAUUAAAAGCAUUUGGAUCUACCCCAGGUGUCUUCAUGGAGGGGAGUUUGGUUUUUGGUUGGAUUAAGACAGGAUAGAAUCAUAAGGCAGGUCAAAGACACAGUUCCCUACAUGAAGCCAGAGAGGUUUUGAAAUUUCUGCCAAGCAAAGAAUUAGAGCCAAAAGAAAAACCCAGCACCCCACUGGGGAGGCAGCCACAGCUGACACCAUUAUCCCCUGUCAAGGAGAAUAAUGUUUGUUAGACAGAAAGUUCUGGUCCCUUGGUUUCACUAGAAUUUCCAGCCCAUGUGGCAGCAUUUCAGAAAAGUUCAGCCCAUUCCCCCUCCCAAAUAACCCCAACAUGCUCUGCUCCCCACAGGCAGGAGAAACAGGACCAAACCUCAGCUUAAGCUACAACUGGCUGCAGGCACCAGCAGCAUUUGAAGAUGAAACAGGGCAAAGCACACAGGGCCCUCCUGGGAUUCUCCUUCAGAACAUGGAUUAAAAGCUGACAGCCACGAUCAGUGUUAGGUGCUUGUCUAAGAAUGAUCUAGUUUUCAGUUCUAGUUUUCAUUCCUAAUUCAGCCACCAUUAAAACAUGACCUUUCCUCAGCAGCUUUCCCCUGGCACUGGGGACUGUGACAGAACAUGAAUACACUCAUCUGCCAAAAAUGAGAAAUAACUUCAGCAUGGAUUGUCCUGGUGCUGGAGCUGAAGCUUCCUUUGCCUUUUUAAAGAGAGGAGGGAUUUUUCUGAUGAUUUCUGAGUUUUGAUUCAAGUAUUUGCCAGCUCUGGUCUCACUCACAGACACUCAGCAGCCCCCAACACUGGACUCUGUAACCUGGGGGAAUCACAUCCAUUGCUCUGCUGGGCAAACCAUCUCAGGAAAAGGGAAUUCACUUUGCCUCCCUCAGCCAGCACUCCAGCAGAAGCUCACUGAUCUCCUGCCACACACCCCCCAGCACAAACACACAAGCUCUGGGAAGCCAAUGGAGCUGGAAGCCAGCACUGAGGGCUCAGCUUCUGCAGCAGCAGCACUCCUCAAACUCCCUUGUGAGCUGUCCUGUCCCCUCUGCUGCUCUGAAGCCCUGCCCAGCAGUUCUGCCACUCUGCCCAUCAGUGCCACAUGCCAAACAACGUGUCCCACACCAGACACGAGGUGCUCAAGUGAUCUUACCCAGCAGCAGAAAAUCCAAAUGCCUCAACUGGUGGCAUAAUCACAAUAUAUGGCAGCAUUCAGGGCAUGCCACACUGGGAGAAAUUUAGUUUACCAGGAGAAAAAUAUUACAAAGAAAGCCAGAGUAUUCCAAGCUCUGCUUCUGGCUGAAGCCACACGUCACAGACAGGCCAAGUGUUACAAAAAGAAAUUCUCCAGAAGUGGCUUAGGAGAACCCAAGAGAGCAGGAUGACAGGACAAUGGCAGAUUUAUUUACAAUAGGACACAAAGAAUACAUACAUUAAUUAAAAAUUACAAAGAAUACAGAGAAAACACUUCAGGGAAGGGAGAGAAAUCAAUGCUGGCUGAGCCUCUCCACUGGGGCAGGGGCAGAAGAAAAAAAGAAAAGAAAAAAAAUCAACAAAAAUCUCAGGGACCUCAAAUCAGAACUGACACAGGAUUCCACAGCACAGUUGGCUCACACAUCCCCUCCUCCUUUUUUCCAUCCAUGAUUCCUGGCUGAUUAGAUUUGGGCAUGACGGGCAGGGCCAAUGGGAAGGGACACAGGCCCUUGCAUGGA